AUGACUGCCUCCACACUUGCAAACGGCAACGGCUCCACCUCUGGACCCCUCCAGGUCCUCAUUGUCGGUGCGGGUCUUGGUGGCCUCUCGGCUGCCAUUUCCUGCACCAUGGCCGGUCACCAAGUGACGGUCCUCGAGCAGGCUUCCCAGCUUGGCGAGGUGGGCGCCGGUAUCCAGCUCACCCCCAACGUCACCCGCCUCCUUCGCAGGUGGGGUGUUUACGAGGAGCUCGCUCCCGUUGCCGUCAAGCCUGGAAACAUCUGGUUCCGCCGCUGGCAGACUGGCGAGCCCAUUGGCCUCACCAAGCUCGUUCCCAACUUUGAGCAGCAGUUUGACGCGCCUUACUGGGUUGUCCACCGCGCACACCUGCACGAGGCCCUUGUCAACCGCGCCCAGGCUGUCGGCGCUACUCUUCACGUCAACAAGCGCGUCACCGACAUUGACUUUGACAAGUCGACCGUCACCACCCACGACGGAACGGUCUACUCUUCCGACCUCAUUCUCGGUUGCGAUGGCCUCAAGUCUGUGACUCGCAAGCACUUCCUCGGUGAAGCCGACCUGGGACCCCGCGAGACCCCCUUCUGCGCGUACCGCUCCACGGUCCCCAUGGACCUCCUCCUUGCCGACCCCGAGCUCCGCCCACUCGUUGAGAAGGCCGACCUGUCCCUCUGGGUUGGCGAGCAGCGCCACGUCAUGUCCUACCCCAUUUCGGGCGGCAAGACGUUCAACAUGGUCCUCUCGCACCCCGACGACGGAUCGGCAACGGACACCCCCAAGCCACAGGAUGAGCUCCUCAAGGAGAUGCGCGACAACUACAAGGGCUGGGACCCCAAGCUCACCAAGAUCAUCUCGCUCAUUGACAAGACGACAAAGUGGAAGCUCCUCGCGUACCCUCCCAUCGACACGUGGCGCCACUCGAACGGCCACUACGUCCUCAUGGGCGACGCGUGCCACGCCAUGCUGCCAUACAUGUCGCAAGGCGCCGCCCAGGCCAUGGAGGACGCGGCGUCUCUCGGCCGCUGUCUCGCUCGCGCCGUGACCCGCAACGACAUCCCGGCCCUCACCCAGGCAUACGAGGACAUCCGCAAGACGCGCGCAUACCAGGUCCAGGCGCGCUCGGCGCUCAACGGCCACAUCUGGCACUACCCCGACGGACCCGACCAGCGCGCCCGCGACGCCGGCAUGGCCGCGUCCCUCGGCGACACCCACUACAUCCGCUGCACCAACCAGUGGUCCGACCCCGCGACCCAGAUCUGGCUGUACAACCACGACGCGGAGCGCGAGGCCGACCUCUUCCUGGACAACAAGGAGGCCAAGGCCGGCAUCAAGGUGGCGUCAAAGUCGGGUGUGCAGGAGAUGAGGGAUGCGGGUCUGCUGCCUUAG